UGCGGCACCGAGUCCGGCUUCCGGAUCUACAACGUGGACCCGUUCAAGGAGACGUUCCGGCGCGUCUUCAGCGGCGGCGGCGUCGGCGUCGUCGAGAUGCUCUUCCGCUGCAACCUGCUCGCGCUCGUCGGCGGCGGGCGGAGCCCGCGGUACCCGCCGAACAAGGUCAUGAUCUGGGACGACCACCAGAACCGGUGCAUCGGCGAGCUGAGCUUCCGGUCCGACGUCAAGGCCGUCAAGCUGCGGCGGGACCGCGUCGUCGUCGUGCUGGCGACGAAGGUCUACGUCUACCGCUUCAGCGACCUCAAGCUCCUAGACCAGAUCAACACGCAGCCGAACCCGCGGGGCCUGGUGGCGCUGUGCCCCCACCCGUCGAACAACGUGCUCGCCUGCCCCGGCGUGAACCGGGGCCACGUGCGCGUCGAGCUCUACGACGCGCGCAAGUCGACGAUCAUCACCGCGCACGAGUCGGAUCUCGCGCGGCUCGCGCUCAGCGGCGACGGCGCGCUCGUGGCGACGGCGUCGGACAAGGGCACGCUCCUGCGCGUCUUCGACACGCACACGGGCGCCCAGCUCCGGGAGCUGCGCCGCGGCGUCGACCGCGCGGCCGUCUACUCGAUCGCCUUCGACGCCGAGGCGAAGUUCCUCGCGUGCUCCAGCGACAAGGGCACGGUCCACAUCUUCUCCCUCGGCGACGGCGGCGGCGCGCGGCGCGUCGACGGCGACCCCGCGCCGCGCGCGGCGCCGCCGGCGCCGGCGGCGGACGCGCCGGCGAACGCGCGGUCGAACCUCAGCUUCCUCCGCCGCGUCAUCCCGGGCCUCGCGAGCUCCUACCUCGAGAGCGAGUGGUCCUUCGCCCAGGUCCACGGCCUCGACGCGCCGACGCUCUGCGCCUUCGGCGCGGAGCCGGGCACCGUCGUCGUCGUCGGCGCGGACGGC